CAGGGGUUCCGUCCCCCACCUGAUGAUAUCCACACCACAAGAUUGGCCGUGCGGUCAAUUUCCUUAGUUCACGGCGAAGAGUGGGUUUGUAGCUUCCAUUCCGUCGCGUCUCUCUGGACGGACAUCGCGGCGUGGGUCUCGCGUGAUGAGUUAAGUUAUCCGGCGAACUUUCGGGGGGAAGAGCGGAGAAGGUUGCCGGAUGGCGACAUGAUCAACACCACUUCGUCUUGACUUGCUGGGGUAGAAGACACACGACCGUGAAGCUCACCGCAGAGAUGUCGUGCUCGCCCACCGUCUGGACGGUGCUUCUUUCCCUACAACUCACCGCCGUGUUGGGGACAACGGCGAGCUUCGGUGCGGGACUCUUCCAGUCCCUCGUGGUGAUGCCCUCGCUCGCUCCACACUCCCUGCCAAACAGCAAAGCCGGGACGAGCGCUCUCCUCGCCGCCAAACACACCAAGACUCUGCUGCACAACAGCGAGCGCUUCUUUCCCCCGCUCAACAUCGUCGCCGAGCUCGGCAACCUCGUCGCGCUCAUCCUGGCCUUUGUCUACCGAGAUCAAUGCUCCACGGCCAGGGCUCGCAUGCCGUACUUGAUCGCGGCCUUUUGUUUCUACAUCAGCAUCACAGUAUACGUCUUUCAAGUCAUGUUGCCGAUCAAUCGACGAUUCGUGGCGUUGUUGGUCAAGUUGGAGAAGGACGUGGAGGAUGAGAAGGCGGCGAAGGACUUCGAGAGGGUGCUGGUGAAAUGGCGCAUGUCCAAUUUCGGCCGCGUGGCCCUCAAGGCAUGUGCUGCGGGCUGGGGAAUCACUGCCCUUCUCAACAGCAUUUAGUCUGUCUACCACGCUUCACAACUUUCCCCUCGCCAGGAACCGGGUGGGGAUAUCCACCUCCCUUUGCCGGAGGAACUCGGCCACAUUCUUACCCAGGAAAUCAAUGCUGCUCGUGCUCGUCACGCCCCGGUCCAACAAGUUGCGGAACAGGAAAUGCACGCCCUUCAGGUUCGGCAGCUCGCAGCGCUCAAUGAAUGGCGUGGGUUUCGGCGCCGGCGGAUUCCAGUACUCCCGGGCGAGCAAGGCUUU